UUUUGCUAGGCUUUGCUUGGACAUUGUUCAACAAAAUUCCAGAACACCAACUGUUAAGUACAAAUAAUCACCCUUGCCUUUCCCUAACAUGGUGAUGAGAUUCCUUGCUUUUUUCCUACUCAUUUCAGGCAUUCAUGCCAUAUCAAUUUCAGAGUUCAACAUGGAAUUCAGUUCAGAAGGUAAAGGCCUAAUCCAGAGCAAUGGACAAGCACAACAACUUGGGAAAUUGUUAUAUGGAAGCAUGGAAGAGGCAACAAAUCUUAAAGACAAAGCUGAUGAAAUUGAAAAUGGGUACAAAGAAGAAGUGCUCAGUACUACAAGAACAUCACACGGUGGAAGUUCAGGUGGCGGAGGAAAGAAAGGGAAGACAGGAACUGCGGGCAGUUCAGAUGUUAAUCGCCGGCCACGUCAGAAUUCUGCGCCCUCAAAGCCUCGUUUUUGGAUCUCAACUUUUAAUCUAUGCGUAAGCUUUGCUUUAGUCACAUUAUUUCCUUUCCACUGGUUCUGAUGUAAUCCACGCAGAAAAGAAUGGCUACUACCACACGGUUGCGGUUUUUUAUUGCUUGCUAUAUGAUGCCUACUUUCUUUUUCAAUACAUAUCUUGGUCUUUGUUUGCAGAUAUGUUUGUGUCGUCCAUUUGAAUUCUCCUAGGUUGUCAUCCAUUACAUCAAUGAAUACGAAUGUAAUAUGAAUGAAUUUGAUAUUUUAA